AUGCGACGCCGUGCGCGGAUUUGCGGCGAUGCGACGCCGCGCGCGGAUUUGCGGCGAUGCGACGCCGCGCGCGGAUUUGCGGCGAUGCGAUGCCGCAAGCGGAUUUGCGGCGAUGCGACGCCGCAAGCGGAUUUGCGGCGAUGCGACGCCACAAGCGGAUUUGCUGCAAUGCGACGCCGCGAGCGGAUUUGUGGCGAGGCGACGCUGCGACGGGCUUUGAGGCGAGCCAACAAGGCAGCAAGUUGCAGUGGGGCGAGGACGCUACUAGGGGCUCGAUGCAAAGGCGAUAUGCGGCGGCUGGAUUACGCAACAGAGAUCGACUCUAGGCUGCGUGGGGAGGCAACGGGAUUUCUACGUCUCGAGUUUCUUAAGGUGCAGCUUUGCGGGCAGCAGACCCUUCCGCCUUCCUUCACCGACCUGUCCUCCCUGACCCGCCUUGAGCUGCAUGACUGCUGGGCGAUCGAGCUUCUACCGGAAGCCCAGGGAGAGCUGAGCAGCCUGCGGGAGCUGGAGAUUAGUGACCUUGAUAUCACCACACUUCCUAGCUCACUCAUAUGGCUCACGAGGCUUCACACCUUGGUUGUCCAAUACUGCGAGGAACUUUUAGAAAUUCCUUUUCGCCUGGACACGCUCGUGGGGCUCAAGAGGCUAGAUCUAACGGGGUGUAGGCAGCUGGUUAAACCCCCAGCUGGUCUGCCACCCUCUAUUGAGACCCUCUGCUUGGGGCCCUUCCUGGAAGGUGCUUCCCAUGUGGUGGACAUCUCCCAGCUGUCGCAGCUGAAGGUGCUGAAGCUGGAGUGCGUUAACGUGGUGAAGCAACAACUGAAGCAACAGGAGGAGCAAAUGAAGCAGGUGGAGGAGCAAUUGGAAGAGCAGUUGGAGGAGGUGAAGCAGAAGCUGCUGAAGUUGCUGAAGCAGGCGGAGGAGGCGGAGGAGGCGGAGGAGGCGGAGGAGGCGGAGGAGGAGGCGGAGGAGGAGGCGGGGGAGGAGGCGGUGGAGGAGGCGGAGGAGGAGGUGGAGGAGGCGGAGGAGGAGGCGGAGGCGGCGGAGGAGGCGCAGGAGGCGGAGGAGGCGGAGGAGGAGGCGGAGGAGGCGGAGGAGGCGGAGGAGGCGGAGGAGGAGGCGGAGGAGGCGGAUGAGGCGGAGGAGGAGGCGGAGGAGGAGGCGGAGGAGGCGGAGGAGGAGAGGAGGAGGCGGAGGAGGCGGAGGAGGCGGAGGAGGAGGCGGAGGAGGUUUCGACUUCUCUCGCUCACCCACGCAGCUUGUUCAAAGAGCUGA